UCUCUCUUCCUCUCCCCCUUCUCCGCUUUCUAAAACCCUAAUCCCCGCCUCCUCCCCCUCCCUCUCUCUCUCUCGAAGUUCCCGAAACCCUAGCUUGCGAAUCCUCCCCCUCCCAUUCGAAACCCUAGCUCCUUCGCUCGGGGAGGGGGAGUUGGGUGGCGAUGGCGCUCUACCUCCUCUACGAGUCGGCGCCGGGGUACUCGCUCUUCGAGGCGCACGGCCUCGACGAGAUCGGCCAAAACACCGAGGCCGUGCGCAACUCCGUCCUCGACUUCACGCGCUUCAGCAAGGUCGUCAAAUUCGUCGGCUUCCACCCCUUCGACUCCGCCCUCGACGCCCUCAACCAGUGCAACGCCAUCUCCGAAGGGAUUAUGACUGAUGAGUUGAGGAAUUUCUUGGAGGCCAGCCUCCCAAAACAAAAGGAAACGAAGAAGGCUAAGUUCAGCCUUGGUGUGGCUGAACCAAAGGUCGGGUCUCAGAUCUCAGAAGUGACAAAAAUCCCCUGCCAGAGUAAUGAUUUUGUUCUUGAGCUUCUUCGCGGCAUUAGGUUGCACUUUUCUAAGCUAGUCAAGGAUGUAAAGCCAUCUGACUUGGAAAGGGCACAGUUGGGUUUGGGCCACAGUUACAGCAGGGCGAAGGUUAAGUUCAAUGUUAAUAGGGUGGAUAACAUGGUUAUUCAAGCCAUUUUUGUACUUGAUACUCUGGACAAGGAUAUCAACUCCUUCUCAAUGAGAGUCAGAGAAUGGUACUCAUGGCAUUUUCCAGAGCUUGCGAAGAUUGUCAAUGACAAUUAUCUAUAUGCAAAAGUUGCAAAGUUUGUGAAGAACAAAUCCGAAUUGUCUAAUGAUCAUAUUCAAGCUCUAACAGACGUAGUUGGAGAUGAGGACAAGGCAAAUGAAAUUGUUGAAGCAGCUAAAGCAUCAAUGGGACAGGAUCUGUCUGUGGUUGAUUUGAUAAACGUUCAGCAAUUUGCUCAGAGAGUUAUGGAUCUCUCUGAAUACAGGAAGAAGCUUUAUGAGUAUCUUGUCACUAAAAUGAAUGACAUUGCUCCGAAUCUGGCUUCUCUGGUUGGGGAAGUUGUUGGUGCUCGCUUGAUAUCUCAUGCUGGUAGUCUUUCAAAUCUAGCCAAGUGCCCUGCCUCCACUCUUCAGAUACUUGGUGCCGAGAAAGCUCUUUUCAGGGCAUUGAAAACUCGAGGGAACACUCCAAAGUAUGGUUUAAUAUUUCACUCAUCAUUUAUCGGACGGGCCUCUGCUAAGAACAAAGGUCGUUUAGCCCGUUAUCUUGCAAACAAGUGUUCUAUUGCAUCCCGUAUUGACUGUUUCUCUGAGAUGAAUACUUCUAUUUUUGGGCAAAAACUUCGUGAGCAAGUGGAGGAGAGAUUGGACUUUUACGACAAGGGUAUUGCGCCUCGCAAGAAUCUUGACGUGAUGAAAUCUGCUAUCGAGAGGUUGAUGAACACUGACGAGGGAGAGAAGGAAAAUGAGGCAUCUGGGAAAAAGAGCAAGAAAAAGAAAUCAAAGAGUGAGGCAGCAAAUGGCGAUCCGAUGGACGAGGACCAACCGAAUAAUGUUGCCGACGGGGAUGCUUCCGUCGAGCCACAGACGGAAAAGAAGAAGAAGAAGAAGAAGCACAAGCUAGAGGAGGAAAUGGUUACAGAAGCCGUCAACGGGGCGAACGGUCACGAAGCGGAGCAAAACGGGACUCCCGACAGGAAGAAAAAGAAGAAGAAUCGGGAACACGCGGAGGACGGAGAUGCUCAAAUGGGCACGGAGGGAAAGAAGAAAAAGAAGAAGAAGACCAAGAGCGAGGACGACGAGUAAUUUUAGGUGUUAGUUACGUUAUUUUGAAAUCUUUUUGCUUGUUUAAUGAAUGGUUUCUGGGCUCCUUUUUGACAAUCAUCAGUUUAGCAUUUGAUGGCAUUGUAACCCUACUUUAUAAAGGUGCUAAGAGUCUAGUGGGCCUGAGAUGAAACCACUGUUAAAAUGUUUGAAUCUAUUUAUAUUUCAGUACUCUUUUUUUGAAAAA